UUAUACACUGAGCUGGAGCAUGGACUGGUUGCAAAAAGAAAUCAGUCAGUGCAGGCAGAAAGACCAAGCCAAUGGGAGUGCUAAGGCAGCAGCUUUUGGGCCUAAUGACCAGAGAGGGCCCUUCUCUGCAGGGAGACUGAUGAGCCAGGACUGUGGGCAGAAGCAGAGAAGUCCAAGUAACUCUGCUCAGACCUAGUGGGACAGAGCAUCUCUUGUCACCCUGCAAUGCAGCCAUUCUCUGGCUGUUCUGGAAGCAUCUGGGUUGCUGCAAGGCCCCCUCCAUUCUCAGUUCCUUCCCUGGAGUGAUGGAAAGCUCCUCUGUGGCCUCUGCCUCCUCUGAGGCAGGGAGUAGCCGAUCUCAGGAAAUCGAAGAGCUGGAGAGGUUCAUUGACAGCUAUGUCCUUGAGUACCAAGUCCAAGGUCUGCUGACCGACAAAACGGAAGGGGACGGGGAGAGUGAGAAAACGCAGUCCAACAUCUCGCAGUGGACAGCGGAUUGUAGUGAGCAGCUGGAUGACAGCUGUUCCUCAUCGAGAGGAAAGGGCUUACCGUCUCACGAACACAAUCAGGAAGAGUGGGAUCACAGCAGCAGUGGGAGUUCAGGAUCCCAGCCUUGUUCAGGCUCCAGGCCUGGGUCUGGAUCAAGGUCUGACAGCCAAGGGAGAAGCAGCCAGUUCAGUCAUUCAACCAAGAAUGGCAACAAAGACAACUCCCUGGACAUGUUGGGGACAGAUAUCUGGGCAGCCAAUACCUUUGAUUCCUUCAGUGGUGCAACCUGGGAUUUACAGCCUGAAAAGCUGGACUUCACACAGUUUCACAGGAAGCUCCGGAACACCCCCAAACACCCGCUCCCGCACAUAGACAGAGAAGGGCUUGGAAAAGGGAAGCACGAGGAUGGAGACGGAAUCAACCUGAAUGACAUAGAGAAAGUCCUUCCCGUCUGGCAGGGUUAUCAUCCAUUGCCACAUGAAGCUGAAAUUGCACACACCAAAAAACUAUUCAGAAGAAGGAGAAACGACCGGAGGAGACAACAGAGGCCUCCUGGAGGAAACAAAUCGCAGCAGCAGCACACGGAUCAUCAGCAAGGUACUGCCAAACACAGCAGGGAACACCAGAAACUCUACCAGGGAGGCCAAGCCCCUCACUCCUCAGGGAGGCCAGCCCACCAUGGCUACAGCCAAAACCGGCGAUGGCACCACAACCAGAAGCACUCGCCCAACGACAAGGAAACGCACAGAAAUGCCAAAGAGACUGAGAAUUUGAAAAUCGAGGACGCCUCCGUCUGCACAGUGCACAUCCCCCUGGAGAUGCACCGGAGCACGGAGGUCGUGGAGAGACAGUCUCAGCAGUACAUUCAGGAACCAGAAACCAAGCGGAGAGACAGUCUUCAUGAGCGCAUCGGGGAAAGGCCAAAGGUCAAUUUGCUCCAAUCUUCCAAAGACAGACUGCGAAGGAGACUAAAAGAAAAGAUGCCUUGUCUUUCCCUUUUCACGGACCAGGACGAAGUGCCGGUGGAGGCGACCAACCCCCAAAAGAACAAAAUGGACAAAUUAAUUGAAAUCCUCAACAGCAUGAGGAACAACAGCAGUGACGUGGAUUCCAAGCUCACCACCUUCAUGGAGGAGGCCCAGAACUCCACCAACUCCGAGGAGAUGCUGGGCGAGAUUGUCAAGACUAUUUACCAGAAAGCAGUGACGGACCGCAGCUUCGCCUCCACAGCCGCCAAGCUCUGUGACAAAAUGGCGCUCUUCAUGGUGGAGGGGACCAAGUUCCGAAGCCUGCUUCUCAACAUGCUGCAGAAAGAUUUCACAAUGCGGGAGGAGCUGCAGCAGCGCGAUGUGGAGCGUUGGCUGGGGUUCAUCACCUUCCUCUGCGAAGUCUUCGGCACCAUGAGGAGCAACACUGGGGAGCCCUUCCGAGUCCUUGUCUGUCCCAUUUAUACCUGCCUCAGGGAGUUGUUGCAAUCUCAGGAUGUGAAAGAAGACGCUGUCCUUUGCUGUUCCAUGGAGCUGCAAAGCACAGGCCGGCUGCUGGAGGACCAGCUGCCUGAGAUGAUGACAGAGCUGCUGGCAAUAGCACGUGACAAGAUGCUGUGCCCCUCGGAGUCCAUGCUGACACGGUCCCUCCUCCUCGAGGUCAUUGAGCUGCACGCCAACAACUGGAACCCCCUGACGCCCACCAUCACACAGUACUACAACAAGACAAUCCAGAAACUGACAGCCUGAGAAUGCAGGGAGGUGGGGAUGGAUGGGAGCAGGAAGAAGACAUGCACCUUAAAAGGAAACAGGAAGGAACUGUGCUACAAAUCGAUCAGCUACUGGAGAGAGAAGUGAGAACCUUUAUGAGAAAAUACCUAAGAAGACAAACCCCAGCAUGCUUAAGAAUAUGUUCAUGAGGUUGGAGGGCAGAGGAGCAUGUUUCUUUUCAGCUGUGUUGCGGAGCACCACCCCUCUUUCCUGCUGAGUUUUUGUUUCAGGUUUCUUUUAUUAAAUCAUUGCUCAUGCAGCCACGCAUCCCGCCGUGUUAUUGUUUGGCUUUAGAAAGAACACGGAGAAUUUGAAAAGCAAGUGGAAGUGCAGCCUAGCAUUGUUUCCACGCCAUUCUCUUGGCUUGCACCAGCCAACUGGCAGGAGACAACACACAGCAGAUGUCUUGGGAGGACAAAGAAAGACACGUUCCACACCAGACGCCGGUAAUUGACGGCUUUUGUCAAAGCGAAGCUUUCAUUAUUUUUUUUCCCCCUCCUCUUGUCUUCAACUUUUUAUUCUCCCCCCCUCUGCAAAAUCCCCCCCAACACCUGAUUCUAGAUUAGGAUUUCACACAAGAUGAUUUAUUUAUUUGCACUGGGUUUCCAUUUUUCUUUGUUGUUGUUUUAUUAGGUUUUUUUAAACAGACAUUUGCUAUCAACUUUGAAACAUGAAAAUAAUGUUAUAAUGUGAGCUCUUGAAUGGUUGGCACGAGGGUGUUAAAUUGGAAGGAGAAGUUAAAAAAAUCCAAAAGCCACUUUAGAAGUAUCAUAGCCACAGUCUUCUUGCCAGUAACCUAUCAAGGUAAUUAAAAAAUGUACACUCUGAGUUGGUAACUCUAAGAAACACAGGCAUUCUGCAGCUGUUUGCUGUUAAAGACGCAGUAUUCCUCAUCCACUAAACUAUAAUCCAUUUAUUUUUUGUAACUUACUUACUUUGUUUGUUUUGUUUGUUUGUUUGUUUGUUUAAAGAGUGCUUUAUUGUAAUUACUGUCACAGUUGUAAUUGUACAUUUAAACCAGGUCCCUUAUGCUUGGUCCUAAUAAUAGACAGGGUGAGGGAAAAAAUUAAGACUUGAAGUUCUUCUUUGGAAACCAGUAAAUAGAAGGUGACAAGUAUAUGGCAUCAGAAAGGAAAAAAGAAAAGCCGAAAAUAUAGGUUUCAGGUUUGGCUUCUAAUUGGCUAAACUUUCCAAACCAGUGUCUGUCGGUUUGCAUUGCAUAGACGUGGAAUUCAGAAGGAGGCUGUCCCCGUCUUUUGCUUUGCCAGAAGCAUAGUCUGUUUAGUCAGUGUAACUAAUACAGCCUUUGAUAGGAGGAGGGUCAGAGAGCGUUGUUUCUUUCCACUAAAUGAAGUGUAAAGAGGAGAGCAAUGCAAAUGGCUAGAGAUGGAGUAGAGGUAGUACAAGAAGGAAGCCACAGUGCACCUCACUGGCCUUACCUGUGUAACCCACUGGUGAGUGUGUGUUACAGUUCUCCCUCUGUGUCCAAUUCACAGAGGAUAUGAGUCUGUUACAGCCCCAGCUAGGGACUUCAGCUCGAACUGUAGCAGCUCAUGCAUUUAGCUCUGGCGAUCUCUGGUUCAAUCCCUGGUGGGUCAGACAAGAUGGCAGCUGUCAUGGAGUGGAAGCUUGUCUGGAAUUCAAACUGCUGUGGGCCUCAGACACUGAGGAUGAGCUUCCUUGGAUCCAAGGAAGGAUGUAACUCACUGGUCAGCGUGUAUUACAGGUCCCCCACCUCCAUGCGCAAUGCGCAGAGAGUAUGAGUCUGUUACAGCCCCAGCUAGAGAGGUUUGAUUCUUUAGUGCAAGCUGUCGCAGCUCAUGCUUUUUGAGCUCUGGAGGUGCCCAGUUCAAUCUCCAGUGGGUUGGCAAAGGCGGCAGCCAUCACAUCUACUUGUCCCACCGUAUUUAACACUAGUGCAGUUUCACUGUUGUUAGAAACAUUGGGAGCCCUUGUAGAGAGGCUGCGGUCAGCAAUUUAAGCACUGUUCUCUAGACCUGAUCCAAGCAGGAUUAGGUGAUACACGUGCUUAAAAACACUAGUGCUCUGUCUACUUUAGGGUUCCCAACAAUGCUCACACCAGUGAAGCUGAAGUGGUGUUGGCAAUGCUGAGAAGUGUUUGCAGAAUGCCCCUAGGGCAGAUCAGUCUAGCAUGAGAAGUGAGGCCAAUGACUUGACUUGGUUAGGGAAGAAGGUGAGCUGUAAGUGUGCGAUGUGCGUUUAGACUGAGAUGGAUCCGUGUCAGUCGUAAAACAAGUAUUAGUUUUCAAGCACGUGCAAGUUUGGCAGAGAAACCGCAGCUUCUAAGCAUAUGGUACAUUUAUUUUUUAAAGUAUGUAUUCUGUAGCAAGUCUGUAAUUCCUAAGAAGAGCGAGCUGCCCACCAAACCCUUCCUUCAGGGCCUGUCCCACAGGACAGCAUGGCUUUAAUUCCCAAUGAUGCCAGCGGGACUUGUGGGUGCUCAGCAACUUGCAGGUUUAGGGCUUUAAUGUAUAUUAUAAGGCAAGAGAUUUGUGAGAGAUUGAUGUAAACACAAUAUUUAUCAUUUGGGGUCUGAGUAACAUUAACCAGAUUUAUGGAUCCUGUUGACUAACUUCAGUUUCUUUUUUGGAAAAGGAGAUCUGUUCCAGCCCCAUAUUUGAAACAUGCUUUGAAGUUACUUAUUUCAGUAAUUUUGUAUUGGUAAAGAGGGACAGGCAGGCCAUUACUUCACUUCCUGUAUGGUGACCAGGAAAUGAUGUCGUGGCUCAGUGGUUGCUUCUUUAUUGAUGCUUUUAUUUACUACAUCACUUCUGGUGCUUACUUGAUGAAGUCUGACAGAAUUAGGGAGUGAAAAUUUUCCUUUAUUUGUUCAGCACUUAUUUCAGUGGAGGAUUAGAGAAGGAAGCUACAGUACAUAACCCUCCCUCCAGGCACCUGUGAGCUGAGCAUAGCUGCCAAUGUUGGGUGAAUCUGACCGUUAAGAUUCAUAUAUAAUAUCUGUCUUAUUUCAUUAUUUCAUUGUUGUAACAGGUCUCAGAAACUCACUUGGAAAAUCUGUUUUGGUGUUUCUAACACUCACAAGCUGUUUUCCAAAAGGCAGUCUUCACUUUUCUCCUGUUAUUCAGUUUUCUUCCCUUUCCUCUGGUUGUAAGAAGUAUGGAUUUGGCAAACCCACCUCUGGUGCCAUGAAACUGGAGUGUAGCUCCUGAUGAAACAUGAGACCCAAACACAAACCCCCAGAUCCAAAUACCCACCCACCUUGAGGCAAUACAGAUCUGGAUUUGAACUCCACAACUUGGACCAGUUGAUUGAAUUUCUGCCUGUUUGUUCACGAGAACAAAGAUUCAAUCCAGAUCUUUUUUGGAUGUUCAGUAUGUUUUAUGGCGGUGUAAGAGAAAACCAGAUUUGUCCAUUACUCGGGGGGAAAUUAUUUGCAGGAAGCCAAGUUUGAGGGCAAAAAUUUCCAACAGAGAAAAUACCACAAGAGGAGAGGAGAUUUGUUUUAUGGUUCACAGUUAUUCGAAACUUCUCUGCUUGGGUCUUUUCUAAGGUGCAUACAAAGCGAGGGAAAACAGCAGGAAACAGAAUCCUCAACAGCAGCGUGUCCAAGAAAGAAAGAGAAGACCUUGAUUCAGCUGUAAAAAAUUGCCUGUUGCACUGGACUUCUCUGGAAAGACUGAUUUCUAAGUUCCAGAAACGGUCUAGGGGUGACCAGGGGGUUAGCUCUCCGAAGACUAACUCUCGCAGUACCUCAGCAUUGGGUUGUCUGUGAGAAAACUGUGUGACAGUAGGAGCAGCAAUAUUUUAUAGUGACUAUCCGUGAGAGAUUGGACUUUAUAGGAGCAACGAAGCCCAGCAGUGUUAUAAAAGGUUCAGGGUUGUAGCCUUUGAAUCUAAACCCUCCUUAAGUUGUUUGCCCUCUGAUGCCUUGCCCCUUGGGGUGUGAAAGGAGCAGCUGCUUCAGGCUGGAUUCAGUGCCGUCUCACAGAAUUGUCAUGAACACUUACCAACCUGAACACAAAAUCUACUCACCCUCUUUUCAAGGUGAUGCUAAAGAUGGAAAACAAAAAUGUUCAAGGUUGAUCUGAUGUGAUAUGUGGGUUAUCCACAGUAGAUUAUUUGAUUGCUUUAGAACGUCCACAGCCAAUCAGAAUAAUUAUUUAAAAGCAGCUUAAUAUAUCCACUUGCUGCUGCUCCUUUUUCAGACUUGAACAAAGAAUUUGAAAGUGAUUUUUUUGUUUUAUUUUGUGUUUUUAAAAGAAAAACAACCCCUAAAAUACAGGCACAAGUCCUAAGGGGAAAUGUACAAAUGAUCAAGUUGAGCCCUCCAAUAACCACGAUCUCCAGCUCCUGUUCCCAGCCCUCCCACUGUACAUGCCAGAUUUUGUGGCGCCUGUCUUUCACCCGGUAUAAUCUGCAACAUUUCCAAAUUGACCUCUGAAUGUAGCAAAGGAAGGAGAAAAAGAAGAACCCAGAGGAGAAUUGGAAAUUGCAUUUCGAAGACUUGAAUUUUCACCUAAUCACUGGGAAUUUU